CAGCUGUGCUUGGUCAGGGGGAGGGAGUCUGACAGCCUUGGUACCACACAAGGCAGACAGGGUGCUUUUGGGGACAGUGCUUUGCUCUGCCCCACCCUAGGAAAGCUGAGCAUCCUAAAGAAAUUAGGGCCUGUUGCAGAGCUCCUUGUGUCCUGGAGCUGUGGGCUUGUGCUGCUUUUUCUUGCUUUCAAUUUAUGGUGUUGGGGCAGGGUAGGCAUUGACAAAUAGCUCUAGGCAAAGCUCUUGGGGGGUAUGAACUUGAAGGAAACGGAAUAUUGGGCCAAUUUUUUCCCUCCCACCCCACAAGACAAAAUACAGGUUUAAAAAUACAGGCUUCAUCUUGUGCUGUGCAUGAAAAUAAAGAGACUAAAAAGAAUGGUCUUGGACUAUAGCAUUUAAGGGCCUCCUUGGGUUAAACGUGUAAGUCUAGUCUUAACGUACCUUAUAGGGGAAAAAUAUAAGCAGUACCACUGGGUGGGAAAAUAAGGCAUAUACCCUUCAUGGUGGCAGAGGCUAGUCAGUGUGAUGAGUUACCAGAAGAGGCAGUGGGAUCCAAAGUGCUUGAAGUGGCCCAAGUGUCCAGCCUGCCCUACCAUAUGCUUCCUAGGAGCUGAGUUUCAGCCAACACAUGCCACCAGGAUGGCCUGGUUAGUCUCAGGAGCUCUUUGGCUAGAAAUCUGCAGGUUUGGAACAAGCCAGGCACAUAGGAUGGGAGAAAUCUAUGAAUGGCUCCCUCCCUUCUUUCAGCCAUCCUCAGCUCUUGAGGAGAGGGUGGUUAGAAGGGGGCCCAAGGGUGGGGAUAGGAAAUCUCAGCAACUCCCUCAUGACCCUGCGUGUUCCUCUGUGCAGGAUGGUUCCCCCACCACCUGUCAGCAAGCCCCAUGUGUGCCUCUCCACUGUGCUCAUCAUGACCAGCCUCGUCCUCAUGGAUGCCUACCUGGUGGAGCAGAGCCAGGGCUCCAGGAAGCUGGGCAUCUGUGUCAUGGUGGCAGUGGGUGACAUAUGCUUCCUGCUGGUCCUCCGCUAUGUGGCUAUCUGGGUUGGGGCAGAGGUAAAGACAGCUAAGCGAGGAUAUGCCAUGAUCCUCUGGUUCCUGUAUGUCUUCGUUCUGGAGAUCAAAGUCUACUUUGUAUACCAGAAUUAUAAAGCUGACCGGAAAAGUUUGGAUCUCAUAGCCCGCAAAGCAUUGACCUUGCUGCUCUCCAUCUGCAUCCCAGCUCUCUACGUGUUGUUGGUGGCCACAGAGCACAUGGAGUAUGUCAGAACAUUCAAGAAGAAGGAAGAUCUCCGCAACCGCCUUUUCUGGGUCAUUGUGGACAUGCUGGAUGUGCUGGACAUCCAGGCCAACCUGUGGGAGCCUCAGAAGAAAGGGCUGCCACUCUGGGUUGAGGGCAUCAUGUUCUUCUACUGCUACAUCUUGCUCCUGGUCCUGCCGUGCGUGUCUUUGUGCGAGAUCAGCAUGCAGGGGAUCGGCAUCGUGCCACACCGGAUGAUGCUGUACCCCAUGCUGAGCAUGCUCACCAUCAACAUCACCACCAUCUUCAUCCGAGGUAGCAACAUGGUCCUCUUCAGGGAUUCCCGGGUCUCCAGCAUCUUCAUGGGCAAGAACAUGCUGGCCAUUGGGAUGAAGGUCUGUAUGUUUGUGCAGUACCAGCGGCACCAGCACCACACCCUUCCAGGGCCAGACCCGCAGCACAGCGCUCUGGCCCAGCCGCCCACAGGGCUGCACAGGGCCCAGGACCAACCCGCCUGCCCCGAGGAGCUGGCCCAGGACAACACGUGACAAGUCAGCAGGAGCUACAGCCUGGGCAUCCCCAUGCCUGGCUGUACCUACAAACCUGGGGCAGGCUGUGGAGCUCCCCGCCUGGACAGAGGGCAAUGACCCUGCUCACUCCUUCCCUGGGCAAAACUGCUUGAGCUCCUGCGGGGCACAUGGCGAGGGCCCUACAGCAGCCUCUCUAAGGCUGCAGAGCAGUUUGGAACCUCAGCACCCCAAUCUGGUAAAACAGCAGAGCAGGGGAGGAGGCCAGGGCCGCCUGCCACGAGUUGUGUCUGGGUGAGGCCAGGCAGCCCUACCCUGUGCUGGGCUCCUCGUGCAGCACUGCUCUCUGGCCAGCCAGGGCGGGGACACAGCAGGUCACCCACUUUUCUGUUGUGGUUGGCCCUGGCUCCAGUGUGGUCCUUGGCAGCAGCCUGCUCCCCCCACUGUGUAAGCCGAGGUCUCCACGCAGGGGGAGCAAGGCCUCUGCCUUUCCCUGCUGUCACCCCUCUCAGCCAGCUGCAGGCCUGCGGGGGACCCAAAAAGGGGCGACUGUCCUUUUUUUUGUAUCUCCUUCUUUGCAAUAAAAGACCUAAGCCCUGCA